GCGAUCCUUUAAGCAAUACUAUAUGAUAUCUUCCACGCGUACUUCGAGGGAGCACUCGAUGGAUGAGCCUGAGGUCCUGCGUGAUCAUGAGUUGUGGACCGAUGGAUUGGAGGAGAUGUUGGUAGACAUCCUCUACCAAGAGACCAUUGAAGGAAAAUUGGUUGGGUCGAAGAUCACCAACCGAUAUCAUCUGAGACUUGUAGAAAAGUUGUCUCGAGUUGGGAGGAAGGCAAUUGAUGAGUCACAAAUUAGGGGAAAAAUCACUCACUUGAGGCAGAGGUUACGACUGUUCACAGAUUUAAUGGGCCAAACAGGAAUGGGUUGGAACCCACAGAUAAAAACUGUAAUGGCCACGGAGGAACAUUGGGCUAACGCAAUAAAGGUGCGUAGCCAAUGGAGGAAAUUCAAGACUUAUGGUUGUCGAGACUACGAUCUCCUAUGCACCAUUUUCGACCAGUCUGUGGUCACGGGGGUUUGCCAUUUUGCAUCCACGCUGCAACCCCCUAUGAGUGAGGAGAAGGACUGCCUUGAGGAGAAGGUGAGGGCACAGGGCCCUGUAUUGGAAACUACUAUGGAAGCUCCAAUAGACAUAGAUGGGCCAAACAUAAAUGGGCCAGUUGGGAGACAAAGACAAUAUCGUCGUCGAACAAAGGAGCCGGUCCAGGGUAGCAUAUCCCUAGAAUUUAGCAAAACUUUGAAAGUUAUGACCACCAGUGCCACCAUGAGAACUGAGUUGGAUAAGCAAUUCUUCGAGGAAUGCAAUAGAAAGCAUAGCAAAAGUUAUGGGAUUGAGUUUGGUUCGGAUGUGUCAUAUAGCAAGAUGGGUGCCUAUGUUGUUUUCAUUGACACUGUUAUUUAUGAGUUGUUUAGGAUAAUAGAUUUUGGAAGUGGGUCAGAUGAUGAGCUGCAGAUAAAGGCAAACAACACUACCGAAACUGGAUCGAGUGGUAACCAGCCUCCAGGGUGGGACGAUUACGAGCUUGGAGGAGCAACAGCAGAGGAAAGUGCACUGCCAGUGUUUGAGCAAAUGCCAGAACAUAAUAUCGGCUUACGCGAACGAGACUAUAUAGUUGCAAUUCUCAACGGACAUCCGAAUAACUGUUGGAACAUCUUUUGGAUGGAAAUAUAUGCAUUUGAAGCGUUAUGCAAUACAUUGCGGGGGAAUGAAUAUCUCGAAUCGACAAGAGAGGUUUCUGUGGAGGAAGCUUUGGCAAUAUUUGCAUACACAGUCAGAUAUGCCCAAGUUCAACGAAUCACAGGCGACCGGUUUCAACACUCUAGUGAAACCAUUAAUCGACAUGUCUAUGCAGUGAUGUGUGCCCUAUGUAAUCUUGCUCUUGAUGUGAUUUCACCUACACAUACUACUGGGGUGGCGCCUUAA